AUGACACCAAUUCAAAUCGAAUGUUCGAUCUUUCUAGCAGUUGGGGGCUUGCGUGCUGUCUGCUUGUAUGUAGCAGUAGCAAAAUUAGAAGCCCGCGAAGCCAUACCAUCAGGGGAUGCAAAUCGAAAGGAAUGCAAAAAAGAAUUCAAUUACUUGAAUUUUGACCUAACUUUUAUUUUAAAAAUGUAUUAUAAUGACACACGCAUAAUAGGAGGUCAACCAAUUGAAAUCACGUCAGCCCCUUGGCAAGUCGCCAUAUUGUACUCCAAUGAAUUCGGUUGUGGAGGAUCUGUGAUUAGCAAAUGCUUAAUCUUGACAGCAGCACAUUGUCUAAUGGGUACCCCAAUCGGCACACUCUCAAUUCGUGCUGGUUCCUCGAGACAUGCCAGCGGAGGUCAAGUGAGGAAAAUAUCACGAAUAAUUCUUAAUUCCGAAUACAAUGCCAAAACAAGCAACAAUGACAUUGGAAUAAUGAAAUUACGUGCGCCUCUGAUAUUGAAUCAAUUCAUCACUCCUGUCGGAAUUGCUUCCGAUUAUUGGCCAGCAGCUGGGACGAGUUGUCAGGUUACGGGCUGGGGUGUGACGCGUGAGUCAUCGGAAAAUCCAGCGAAUAAGCUGAGGGAAGUGACUGUUCAGAUUGUAUCGCAGGGUAAAUGUAAGUGGGACUAUAAUAGGAAAAGAAUUAAAAUUACGGAGAAUAUGAUUUGUGCGGGAGCAACUAAUGGAGGGAAGGACGCUUGUCAAGGUGAUUCUGGUGGACCUUUGGUGUGUAAUAAGGCUCUGGUUGGGGCUGUUUCGUUUGGAGAUGGGUGUGGGCGGGCAGAAUAUCCGGGAGUUUAUACAUCGGUGGCGAAAAAAUCAAAGUGGAUUAGAAAUGUUAUGGCGAAGUAUAAUAAUUGUUAA